GUUAUCAUUUCCAUUGAGCCACUUACUCUUUAGUUUUUUGAAAGUGUGAGACACGUCGAUAAAUUCGAGAUUUGUUCGUGCGUUCGUCUUGAGUUUGACAAAAUGGUUCUCGAUUUAGAUUUGUUCCGAACUGAAAAAGGCGGUAAUCCGGAUAAGAUACGUGAAAAUCAGAAGAAACGUUUCAAAGACCCGAAUUUAGUUGACCAAGUCGUCGAAGCAGAUGUUAAAUGGCGGCAAUUGCGCUUCAAAGCGGACAAUCUAAACAAAUUGAAAAAUCUUUGUAGCAAAACCAUUGGCGAAAAAAUCAAAUCCAAAGAAUCGCAGGCUGACAAGAGCAACGACAUUGAAGCCGAUUUUGAUUUAGACAAGGUAACUGCUGAUGUAUUGAAACCGUUGUCGGUUGAACAGAUUAAAAAAGUUCGUGUACUCAUUGACAGUACACUAAUCCAAAAUGAUAAGGAUUUACUAAAUAUCGAAAAAACAAGAACUGAAUCGUUUAAAGAAAUAAGUAAUUUUUUACAUGACUCUGUUCCAAUCAGUAAUGAUGAAGACCAGAAUGCAAUUGUUGCUACUGUUGGUGAUUGUACGAUAAAAAAAAAAUACUCUCAUGUUGAUCUUAUUCAUAUGAUUGAUGGUGUAGAUUCCGAUGCAGGAGCUACGAUAUCUGGUGCCCGUGGAUACUAUCUUAAGGGUCCAGGUGUGUUUCUACAAUCUGCGCUUGUUCAAGAAGCACUACGUCGAUGGGAUGACAAAGGAUACAAACCAUUGUACACUCCAUUUUUCAUGCGUAAAGAAAUCAUGCAAGAAGUUGCUCAACUUGCACAGUUUGAUGAAGAACUGUACAAGGUAAUUGGAAAAGGUAGUGAGAAAGUUGGUGAUAAUGAUUUAGAUGAGAAAUAUUUGAUUGCCACUUCUGAACAACCUAUAGCAGCUCUUCAUCGUGACCAAUGGCUACCGGAAGCUAGUCUUCCUAUCCGGUAUGUGGGUGUUUCUACUUGUUUCCGACAGGAAGUCGGUUCUCACGGAAGGGACACAAGAGGAAUAUUCAGGGUACACCAAUUUGAAAAAGUCGAACAGUUUGUUUUGACCUCUCCAUUUGAUAAUAAAUCUUGGGUUAUGUUUGAUGAAAUGAUUAAUAACUCUAGACAAUUCUAUGAUGAUUUAGGUAUUUCUUACAGGGUUGUCAAUAUUGUAUCCGGUGCAUUAAAUCAUGCUGCUGCUAAGAAACUUGAUUUGGAAGCGUGGUUCCCUGGAUCAGGAGCAUUUCGUGAGUUAGUAUCUUGUAGUAAUUGUUUAGACUACCAAUCAAGGAGAUUACUAGUAAGAUACGGCCAAACCAAAAAAAUGAAUGAAAAAGUUGAUUAUGUACAUAUGUUAAACGCUACUGCAUGUGCUACUACUAGGGUAAUUUGUGCUAUUUUGGAGACGUAUCAGACCGAUACAGGAAUCAAAGUACCUGAAGUGUUGAAGAAAUACUUACCAACCAGAUAUCAAGAUGAAAUUCCUUUUGUGAAAUCGGCGCCCAUUGACGAAGAAGAAACAAAGAAACAAAAAAAGCAGAAAGAAGGAAUGAAAAAUAAAAAAUAAAAUAUUUGAAUUCCUGUAAGCACAUAUAUAUUUUUACCAUCAUUUAUAUAUAAAAAUAUUUGCUUUUUUUUUCUAAAACGUUGUUUUCUUUGUAUAUCAUAUUUUAAAUAUAGUAUACUGAAUUUACCCAAACAGGCUAAUUAUUAAGCUUUAUGCUCAAAUAAUUUAAACAAAAAAACCAAUUAUUGUCUUAUUUACAGCUUUUUACUGUCAAUAAAUUGAACCUGUAAUGUAGGUAAUACUUACAUUUUGUAUUUUUGUAUAAGUAUUUUAUUUAAUUAUUUGAACUGUAUGCAUACAAUUCUAGAUAAAAAUCAAAUUAAUUAAAUUUAAAAUUUCAUAAUGAUCAUAAACAAUUAAAAUAAUGUAUUUCAGUUUUUUUAUAUGGUGAUAGAAGUUUAUUUCAGAAUAUUAAUCUGAUCAUUUUUGUUUUAAAUAAUAUUGUAAACAUAAUUUUUUUAAAACUAUUGAUCAAAAAAAUAAAUAGAAUAAAAUAGAUGUUUAAAACAUUUCUAGAUUUUGAGUGGAACGAAGAAUGUAUUGGUUUUACAAUGAUGUUUAUUUUUUUUUACUUGAACACUUUCUACCAGAAAGCAUACUUUGUCAAGUAUAGUACCUUUUCAGAAAGAAAGUUUUCUCUGGGUGGUGAACAUAGUCAUUUUUUGAAAUUCUCAUUAAUAUUCGAAAUUAUUACAACAAUGAUUGUUUAAAAGAAAUUGAAAAAUUAAAAAUAAGUUUGCGUUGACGACCG